AUGUCGGCCGCAAGCUCCUCUAGAAGACGGAGAAGUGGGAAGCUUUUUGCUGGCAGAGGCUGGCACUGCUUGCGAGAGUCGACACCUACGCAGGGUGACGACUUUUCUCGAGAGUGCCACGGUGAGACGCUUACGAAAGAGACUGUUGCCGCGCCCAUUGAAGACGAGGCGUUGUACGUGCAGAACACACCCAGGCCUUGUUCAAACCUGAGGCAGAUCUCGCACUUACCGCGCGAGGGUUUGAAAACCAAGGGCGGGCGGCGGGCACCAACGACGAAAGCCCAGCCCAAGCCAGCGGCCAAGGCGCUAGGUCCAGCGACUCGCACCCGGUCUAGAAAGGAAAGAGAAUCCGAUCAACCGCCCGAGAAUAUGCAUAUUAACCCCGUGGCUGGAAUUGGACGGGUCGCAACGGAUGAGAUGAAUACGGAAACCAUUUCCCAAAGCCCCCGACGGCUAGUUGCCGAGGAUCGAAGGAGCGCUACGCCAAGUUCAGGUUGCUCAGAAUCUGGUCGGCCGUACCGGAGUUGCAGUGCACGAAAACUAGACAAUCCGACGAUUUGUGAGGACCUCGAGCAAGAUCGGUCGAAGAGGAGCUGCACGCAUCGCCGCUCCUGCUCCGACGCCUCGUCGUGCACCGGAUCGGGCACCUCGGCCUCUGAACAGAGCAGGAGUCGUCGCCGAAAGAAUACUGCUGGAAACGCAUCAGACACUCAUAUGAAGAAUACGGAUCCUAUGAAAGAAUCUGAAAACAGGACUAGUAGAAUCGCGCAGUCGGCAGCCAUAACUUCCGACGCGGAUGCUGUCGAGCGACCUUGCACACCGGUUGCGGCACUGGCGGCGGCUGAACGCACACCGCCUGGGGCACCACUGCGACGUAGCAGCCGCAAACGAACAAACGUACCGCCAGAACUUGCCGAAAGCAACCGCUUCCGGCUUGGUGAGGAACGUCCCUGCACCGUUUCCCGGCGAGCAGGUGAGAUCCCCGAGUCCGUCAUCGAGGAGUGUGCGGAUCGCAUGCUCCUGAGAAGGGGCCACUGUGCGGUCUGUGGGCAGUUUCGACCGCUGAGACCCUCGGCAGCCGUCUGUUUUAAUUUACAAUGCAAGAUUCUCUAUGAUUCAAGAUAA